AUGGCCCCCGCCAACAACUUCUUCAAGGCCGCGCGCCCGGCCUUCCGCCAGCAGGUCUUCGCCGGCGCCCAGAUCCGCAACGCCUUCCGCACCUCCCAGUUCCGCUCUCAGUUUCGCGAGAGCUCCAAGAGAUGGCAGAGCUCGACCGCCUCCGAGGCCCAGGUUAGCUGGUUCAAGCGCAUGUGGGACAGCCCCAUCGGCCUCAAGACUGUGCACUUCUGCGACACACAAAACCUACAGUGGGCUCUCGUCCUCGCCGGUGUUGCCGACUUCGCCCGUCCCGCCGAGAAGCUGUCCCUGACCCAGAACGGUGCCCUGACGGCUACCGGUAUCAUCUGGACCCGCUGGUGCCUGAUCAUCAAGCCCAAGAACUAUCUCCUCGCCGCCGUCAACUUCUUCCUCGGUGCCGUCGGUGUUAUCCAGUGCACCCGUAUCCUCUUGUGGCAAUCAUCUCAGAAGAAGAGCGCUGGCGAGCUCGCCCAGGAGGUCAAGGAGGAUGUCAAGGAGGCCGUCUCCUCCUAA